UCCUGCCUGAACACCAAACAUGGCGCCCACCGAGUUUCGUGGUGGAUCUACAGUGCCACAUACCGUUCACCAGCUGUAACACAAACAAGUUACAAAACACGGGCAUUUUCAGCAUUCACAGUCACGUGUACUGUCCUGUUAUGCAAACGGCGAAGUUCCUGUUGUUGAGCUGCAUCGUUGAGCACUGAACGUGACAGGGAGAAAUGAAAAGCAAGCCCACUAAGUCAGCUGCAGCUGGAUCAAAGAGUAAAGUGAAGAAAAGACCUGAGGGGGACUCCAGUCCAACUCUCUCCAGAAAACUACGAGACAAAAAAAAUGUCGAAACGUCCAACUCAGGGCCUCCUCUCAAGUCUGCAGGAGUCCAGAAGAGAGUUUGGGAUGGGAGCAUCCUGCACUAUAUCUACAAGAGCACUCUGGGCCAGAGUCUGCACUCACAGAUGAGACAGUGUCUCCAGGUGCCUUUUGUCCGCUCUCUGUCGUCCUAUCAUUUCCACGGUGCCAGCAGCCCCUUUGACCGCAGGAUCACCUGCCUGGAGUGGCAUCCCACACAUCCCACCACUCUGGCUGUGGGGUCCAAGGGUGGAGACAUUUAUCUGUGGGACUUUGAGGUGUCUGCAAAGAAGACCUUUAUUCAAGGGAACGGAGCAGGAGACUCUAUCGGAGGGAUGAAGUUUUGCCCCACGGACUUUUCCAGAGUCUAUGUGGCCUCUGGCGAGGGCACACUGACCAUGCAGAGCUUUGAGGGCUGCGCACCCACCGUUUUGUCCAGAACUCAAGACUGUGGCCAUGAUCACCACAAUGUUUGUUUUUGGUACUGCUGCGUUGACGUGUCUGUAAGCCGACAGAUGCUCGUGACAGGAGACAACGUGGGACAGCUUUUACUUCUGGGUUUGGAUGGCCAAAAGAUUUUCAGCGACAAAUUGCACAAAGCCAAAGUGACCCACGCAGAGUUCAACUCCAGAUGCGACUGGCUGCUGGCGACGGCCUCGGUUGACCACACGGUAAAGCUUUGGGACCUGAGGAGCAUCAAGGACAAGAAAAGCUUCCUCUAUGAAAUGCCUCACGAGAGAGCCGUCAACUCAGCCUAUUUCAACCCUCUGGACUGCUCCAAGCUGCUCACGACAGAUCAGCACGACGAGAUCCGCGUCUACUCGUCUUCCGACUGGUCGAAGCCUCAACACAUCAUUCAGCACCCGCACAGGCAGUUUCAGCACCUCACACCCAUCAAGGCCACAUGGCAUCCUGUGUAUGACUUAAUUGUGGCCGGGCGUUACCCCGAUGACCGCAUCAGCACCGGUGAUCUGAGGACCAUCGACAUCUUUGACUCCAACACAGCAGAGCUCGUGUGUCAGCUGUACGAUCCCUCCGCUUCAGGGAUCAAAUCUGUCAACAAAUUCAACCCGAUGGGCGAUGCAAUUGGAUCUGGCAUGGGUAUAACGGUGCUGGUCUGGGACCGGGAUGAGUCACUGAUGAGUGAUCGGCACAUGCCGCAGGAGGGAACUUCAACCUCAGUUUUGAGAGGGCUGCGGAGGAGUCAGCCGCACUCCAGCAGGGGCCGGAGGGGUCCUGCUGCGGAUGCAAAGCUUAAGAAAAAACUAGCUUCACUGGAAGAAACGGAGAGUAAAACCAAGAGCGGCUGCCCUAAGCAAAAACAAUCACAGAUGAGGAAGAAGUAAAGUGUAAAAGAGUCAGGGUCUUAAAAAUCCUUGUUUAUAUACUGUAUAUUCCUUUGAUACUGUGUCACCAUGUUCAGGGAUUGUCUGCAUGUUUAAAAAUGUCUUAUUUUUGUUUUAUAAACCUGUUCAAGAGCAGUUUUUUUUUACUCUAUGA